AUCCGCCAGGGAGUCCCUGUGCUUGCCCGCAGCCGCACCGCCGUCUCGCCGCGGAAGUAUGUGGGCGAAUGUCAACGCCCAAUCCGUGCACCAGCAGAACGCCGUAUCGCUGAUGCAGGUUGACAUGCUGCAGCUCGGCGUGCUGCAGACCCAGAUGGACAACCUCUCCGUGCAGGCGACGCUGCUGAUUGGCUUUGCCCUCAGCAUGUGGGGCGGUGCGACGCUCAAGCCGCUGCUGGAGGACGACUCCCAGAUCUGCAUCUGGAAGACGUGGUAUCACCUCGCCUUCGCCGCCGUCUUCUUUGUCACCAUCGCGCUCUGCAUCUCUUGCGGCGGCAUCAUCGUCUCGCUCGUCCUCUACAUCAAGCAAGCGGCACAGGAGUCAGCGUUGCUUGUGAGCACUGGCGCGGCGGUGGCCAACACGCGCCGCCAUCUCUCCUCCCUCAACCGCCUAUUCGUCGUCUCGUACGCCUCCUUUGCCCUCUCCGCGGUGCUGCUCAUCGUGCUGUACGUCGGCAUGCCGGCGAGGCUUCCCACUCCGUACCCGGUGCUCGAGAGGGCGCACAUGAACGACCACACAUGGGGCUCCGAGCUCGAGUCGCUCGUCACCCGCUUCGACGGCGUCCACACCAUCACCUGCCUCGACCCGCGCAGCCCCGCGUCGCACUACAACCGGUUUGCGUACGGCGCCGCCAUCGCCGCGACCAACACGCUCAUCAUCGUGUGCAUGUCGGCGUGGGGGUACCGGCUGUACGCCGUCAUCCGCCGCUCCUACAUGCACGACGAGCUCCUCCACUGGUUCGUGGGCCAGCAGGCCGAGCAGAAGCGCCGGGCCGAGCGCCUCUCCCGAGCGGUCCAGCUGCAGCGAGGCGUGACGUGCGACUCGACAGGCUGACGCCACCGCCUCCCACGAGUCCUCUCUCGGGGUGCGGUGUGUGUGCGCGGCGGUGUAUGAUGCAUUGUACGAAGUACUAGGGUACACGGCUAGAACUGCGGAUGUGCGCCCGUUAUUUAUGUGUUGCGUCCACUGGGACACCGCAGAUAUGAAAGUUGAAACGUACCCGAUAAGGCA